UGAAGAUUGUACAUCCCACCGCUCGCGGAGUAGACCACAAAACUCAAGGGUGCGUGAACGCAUACGGAGCAUUAAGAACAGAAGUCAAUAAAGAACCAUAAUUUUCCAUUGACAGGUCUGUUCCCAGGUGACAGAGGAUGUCCAGGGGUGAUUGGUCGUUCCUGGAACACCUGCUGGAGGACGGACAGGAGUACAGUACCGGAGUGGGCCGGGUCUGGCUGACGGUGCUCUUCCUGUUCCGCAUGUUGGUCCUGGGGACCGCUGCCGAGUCGGCCUGGGAUGACGAACAGACCGACUUCGAGUGCAACACCAAGCAGCCUGGAUGUACGGCUGUGUGCUACGACAAAGCUUUCCCCAUAUCGCACUUCCGCUACUUUGUUCUCCAGGUCAUUUUUGUUUCGACGCCAACAAUAUUUUACUAUGGCUAUGUGGCCAUGAGGGCAGCGAGGGAGAAGAGAGUGGAGGCGAUGGUGGGAGUGGGUGAUGGGGGUGGAGAAGGAGAUCAGGGGAGACGGAUGUGGAAGGAGAGGGAGAGAAAUCGGGAAGUUAAAAGGGGAGAUCAGAUUGAAGAACUUGAGGAGGAGAAAGGAGGAAAAGGUGAAACGUUUGUCAAAGUCUUACCAGAAGCUCCAAAGCUGAAGGGCCGUAUCCUCUGUGCCUACGCUGCCAGUAUCUUCCUAAAGGUCAUCUUGGAAGUCGGAUUCAUCGUGGGAUUAUGGCGUCUGUACGGAUUCGUCAUCCCAGCCCGGUUUGAGUGCGUCCGGGACCCCUGUCCUCACACAGUGGAUUGCUUUGUCUCAAGACCCACAGAGAAGACCAUUUUCACCAUCUACACCCAGGCCAUUGCUGCUGUCUCAAUCGUUCUCAACCUGGUGGAGCUGCUCUACCUUCUCCAGCUGGCCAUCACCCACUGCCUGGAGAAACGCUAUGGCCAGGGGCAGUGCACAUUCUCUGGGGCAACUGGGAUCCGACCGUGGCCUGGAGCUCCAGGGCAGGAGGUUGAGAUGGUACAAGCUCCCUCUUACCAGGAGAGGGAACAUCUGUAUUUGCCAGCAGGGGAGGGGGGUUACACCAAGCCCAGUCACAGUUCUGUCGAUAUGGGGUCAGGGGUUAGGGUGGACCCUGGGGGACACCUACCCAGCUAUCUGACCUGCAUGGGGGCCACACAUUCCCAAGAGAGAACCCACCCGAUGAAACAGCUGAGACAACCCGUUACCCAGGGAGGACACAGCAAAAAAAAUGGACAGCGUUAUGUGUGA